UUAGCUUCGACUUUAGUUCGAUUUCAUUUGAUCGGCGCUGCGGUUGUGUUGCGUAUUAUAUCCGAGGCAAAAUGAAGCUGUUGCUGUGGCUAUCGGCUGUCGCGUGCCUCCUUGUGGCUGGCACUGAAGCCGCCUCCAAUCUGGUCUGCUACUAUGACUCCUCCAGUUAUGUGAGAGAAGGUUUGGGCAAGCUGCUAAAUCCCGACUUGGAGAUCGCUUUGCAAUUUUGCACGCAUCUGGUGUACGGCUACGCGGGCCUACGUGCGGACAACUACCAGGCGCACAGCCUCAACGAGAAUCUAGACAUCUACAAGCACCAGUACUCCGAGGUGACGUCCCUCAAGCGCAAGUAUCCCCAUCUCAAGGUGCUGCUGAGUGUGGGCGGUGAUCAUGACAUCGAUGUGGAGCAUCCCAACAAGUACAUUGAGCUACUGGAGGGCGAGAAGGUGCGACAGGUCGGCUUCAUUCAGUCGGCCUUUGCCCUGGUGAAGAACUAUGGAUUCGAUGGUCUGGAUUUGGCUUAUCAGUUCCCCAGGAACAAGCCGAGGAAGGUUCAUGGCGAUGUCGGCUCAGCCUGGAAGAGCAUUAAGAAACUCUUCACGGGUGACUUUAUCGUGGACCCACAGUCAGCUCUGCACAAGGAACAGUUUACGGCAUUUGUUCGCGAUGUGAAGGACUCCCUGAGGCCCGAUGGCUUGCUGCUCAGUUUGACUGUCCUUCCCAAUGUUAACUCUACAUGGUACUUUGAUAUCCCCGCCUUAAACGGUCUGGUGGACUUUGUGAACUUGGCCGCUUUCGAUUUCCUCACGCCCGCUCGUAAUCCCGAGGAAGCUGACUUUACCGGACCCAUCUACAAUCCAGAAUCAAAGGAUCGUCUGGCACACUACAAUGCCGACUUCCAGGUGAAUUACUGGCUCCAGCAGGGCUUCCCCUCAAGCAAACUCAACCUGGGCGUGUCCACCUACGGCAAUGCCUGGAAACUCACAGCCGAUUCGGGUCUGGAAGGUGUACCAGUGGUGUCGCACACGGAUGGCGCCGCCAAGGAAGGUUCCCAGUCCCAGAAGCCCGGACUUCUCAGCUACGCCGAGAUCUGUGGCAAGCUGAGCAAUCCCCAGAACCAAUACCUGAAGGGUAAUGAUGCGCCGUUGCGUCGUGUCACCGAUCCCACCAAACGCUUUGGUACCUAUGCCUUCCGCUCUGUCGACGGAGCCGUCACCGAUGGUAUCUGGGUGAGCUAUGACGAUCCCGAUGGCGCCUCCAACAAGGCGGCAUAUGCUCGUGUGAAGAAUCUCGGAGGCGUGGCACUGUUCGAUCUGAGCUACGAUGAUUUCCGUGGCCAGUGCACUGGCGACAAGUAUCCGAUUCUGCGUGCCGUCAAAUAUCGUUUGUAAAUGUAAUUUGAAAAGAGAUUUUUGCAUGUGGAGGAUUAAAUUUAAUAAAGUUUGAUUGUAUUUUAAA